UACGGGAGUUGCAUCACUACACGUGAAGCUAGGCAUACCGCGUUUUCUGCCGAUUUCUCGGUGAAAUUCCACAGACAGAAGGCCAAGAUGUUGACCGCCGCGAGAUUAUUAAACCGCAGCUGCACCGGAGCCUGUGACCUCGCCAGGAAACAACAAUUCAGCACGAUUUUGAAAAAUGUGGCAGCUCCAACAGUUACCAUACCACACCGUUUUACCGAUAUGCAACAAUAUCGGUAUAAAUCUGAAGGUGUAAAGGGUGCAGUUAUCGGUAUAGAUCUUGGAACCACUUUUUCAUGCGUAGCAGUGAUGGAGGGAAAACAAGCUAAAGUUAUAGAAAAUGCUGAAGGCUCCAGGACUACUCCAUCUUAUGUCGCUUUUACAAAAGAUAACGAACGUUUAGUUGGCAUGCCUGCGAAACGUCAAGCAGUCACAAAUUCUUCUAAUACAUUUUAUGCAACAAAACGAUUAAUUGGACGGAGAUUUGAAGAUCCCGAAGUGAAAAAGGAUAUGAAGAGUGUAACGUACAAAAUUGUGAAAGCAUCUAAUGGAGAUGCGUGGGUUCAAGGUGCUGAUGGAAAAAUGUAUUCUCCCAGUCAAAUUGGAGCAUUUGUACUUAUGAAAAUGAAGGAAACUGCUGCGGCUUAUUUAAACACUCCAGUAAAGAAUGCUGUUAUUACUGUACCAGCAUAUUUCAAUGAUUCGCAACGACAAGCGACGAAAGAUGCUGGUCAGAUUGCUGGAUUGAAUGUGCUUCGUGUAAUUAAUGAGCCAACCGCAGCUGCACUUGCUUAUGGCAUGGACAAACAGGAAGAUAAAAUUAUUGCUGUUUACGACUUAGGUGGAGGUACCUUUGAUAUCUCAAUUUUAGAAAUCCAAAAGGGUGUUUUUGAAGUAAAAUCCACAAAUGGAGAUACAUUUUUGGGAGGAGAAGAUUUCGACAAUGCAUUGGUUAAUUAUCUUGUAUCUGAAUUCAAAAAAGAGCAAGGCUUGGACGUGACUAAAGAUGCCAUGGCGAUGCAAAGAUUGAAAGAGGCAUCGGAAAAGGCUAAAAUAGAGUUAUCAAGUUCUCUCCAAACGGAUAUAAACCUUCCCUACCUUACUAUGGAUAGCAGUGGACCAAAGCAUUUAAAUCUUAAAUUAUCCAGAAGUAAAUUCGAAAGUCUCGUGAACGAUCUGAUUAAGCGUACUAUUCAACCGUGUCAGAAGGCGCUUUCCGAUGCCGAAGUAGCAAAAUCUGAUAUCGGGGAAGUUUUGUUGGUCGGUGGUAUGACCAGGGUUCCUAAGGUACAACAAACGGUUCAAGAUAUAUUUGGCAGACAGCCAUCGAAAGCUGUAAAUCCGGAUGAAGCCGUAGCUGUUGGUGCUGCCGUUCAAGGAGGUGUACUUGCAGGAGAUGUGACAGAUGUUUUGCUUCUUGACGUUACUCCUUUGUCAUUAGGUAUUGAAACACUUGGUGGUGUGUUUACGAGAUUGAUCUCUCGUAAUACAACUAUACCUACAAAAAAGAGUCAGGUAUUUUCUACGGCAGCGGACGGUCAGACGCAAGUCGAGAUUAAAGUUCAUCAAGGCGAGCGAGAAAUGGCUGGUGAUAACAAACUCCUAGGACAGUUUAGUCUUGUUGGUAUUCCACCUGCACCAAGGGGUGUACCACAAAUAGAAGUAACGUUUGAUAUCGAUGCAAACGGUAUCGUGCAUGUAUCAGCCAGGGAUAAGGGAACUGGCAAAGAGCAACAAAUUGUUAUUCAGUCUAGUGGUGGUCUUAGCAAAGAUGAAAUUGAAAACAUGGUUAAGAAUGCUGAGCAGUACGCAAAGGAAGAUAGAAUUAAGAAGGAAAGAGUUGAAGCUUUUAAUCAAGCAGAAGGAAUUAUACACGACACAGAAUCGAAGCUAGAAGAAUUUAAACCGCAGUUACCACAGGAAGAGUGCGACAAACUUAAAGAAUUAGUUGCAAAACUGCGAGAGACUCUGGCUAAGAAGGAUGAUACGGAUCCCGAGGAAAUAAAGAAGCAAACGAACGAACUCCAACAAGCAAGCUUGAAACUGUUUGAAAUGGCGUACAAAAAGAUGGCGGCAGAAAGAGAAAGUCAAAAUCAAUCGCAGCAGGAACCUGAAGGCGAGAAGAAGGAGGAGAAAAAUUAAUUUUAAUUAAAUAAUUUGCGUUUCUGUACAAAAGGAAAAUUGAUUCCAUUCACAUACAUUUGUAUAAGCGUCAGAUGCUGUUCUGUGAGCUCAAAGGAACCACUUAUUUUAGUUGAAAAAAGGCAAAUAUAAACUAAAUUUCGAUAUUUGACGCGAUAAUAACCGUUUAGAAAUAAAGUAUUAUUCACACACGAAGUGGAAAAAAAGCAAUUUCCUUUGUCAUACUUAGUGGUCUGAUAUAUAAUAGCAAUUUUGUGGUAUUUAUAUAAUUAUAUAUAUAUUUUAUAAGUAGUACUCUUGCAUCCUAAAUAUACAAAAUUAUUUUUUGUUGUGAGAUUCGGAAAACAAGUUUCGUCAAAUUUAUUAAAAAGAAGUAACUGUAUAUUACACGUUUGUAGUAGUAAUGGCCAUUUUUUUAAAAGGUUUGGCUAGUCAGUUUUCACAUGAAGUAAGAAAUUAUGUACAUAGUUGAUCACUUUGUAUAAUGUAACUAAUGCAGUAUGAUCAUUUUUGUGCAGCCUACGAGACAUGUGCAGAAUAUUAAAAUAUUCACCGUUAUAACAGUUAUUGUAAAAAUAAAUUGUACCAAAAAUAAUAUGGAGAUAAUUUGUUAACAAACUUGCUAUUGUAGAAUACUUCGUAGCACGUACAGCGAAUAAGCGUGAGAUGAGAAUAUAGAAUUGAGAGAAUGAGAUGAAUGAUCCUGUGCAAAACAAGUUUACUUAAGUGUAAACAAUAUACAAUAGAUACAUAGAUUUUACCGUAGAGAACGUUGUUACAUUGCGAUUUAAUCAAUUUAUUUGAUUUUUUUAAAUAUCUUGAACAAGAACAUUUAACUUUUUAGGUUUCGUUUUAUUCAAUAAAUCUUAACUUUAACGUA